UCUCUGUUGAGCAUAUUGGUUAUAAAGCUUUUUCUGAGUGUAAUUGUGACAACUAUAGCCUACGUUUAGUAACUGCUAAAGCAUGGACUGUAUAAAAAGUGUUAAGACAAUUUUGUGGGGCUGUAAACCUUUAGCAUGUCACGUCGUUUGGAGUCACAUGCCGUCAUUCUUUUUUUUCGUUUUUUUUUUUGAGGAUGUGAAGUCAUUCCACUCGAUCCAAUUUACUGAAAACCGGCACAGGGUGUGGAACUGUCCCGCUCAAGCUUUUUUUCUACGAUUUGUCCUCGAAUAUUGUUCUUGUUAUUGUAGACACUAACGUCCAAACAAAUUGCAGAGAAGUGAAAUUGCCUUUUGCGCUGAUGCUACGCUUCUUGAAUCCAAGUGGGGGCGCACAAAUGUAGGCCAUCGCAUUAGCGAGAGCGUGUAACCUCCAUCGCGCAUUUUUUUCUUCCCCAUGUUUCUGUGAUUUACCGCGCAGCCGGUCAGUUCAACUGGAUCAAGGGACUCAUACAAUUUUGUUUGGGGCUAUUCUAGCCAGUUUAUCGGCUUUGCUGUAGCCGUACAUUACUCUCGGGCUAUGUUAUCUGUGUCGGGGAGCUACUGGCAACCUCCGGUGGAUGAAUAUUUGUGAGAUUUCGCAGUCUACGGUACACGGAGCCCAGCCGUGGAAGUGGAGGAGGAGAAGGUGGAGGCGGACAUAAUCGCCCAGCUCCGGCGGAUGAACGGAGCAUGCUGCACACUUCAACCAGACAGCCUAUCAGGUAGAGCCAGCCGGUGGGGGAAAAUGGGCAGCGACGGCGAGAUCUUCAACAGGGAAUUGUCGAAGAUGUCCGACGACGAUCUGUUGGCGUGCUCCAAGGAGGAGCUGGUGCACCGACUGCGCAAAGAGGAGUCGGACAAAAUAUCGGCGCUCAUUCAGCGCGGUCGGCUGAUAAAGGAGGUGAACAAGCAACUGCAGGGACACCUCCUUGAGAUCAGGGAACUGAAGGUCAUCAAUCAGCGUCUCCAGGAGGAAAACACGGAGCUGCGCGACCUGUGCUGCUUCCUCGACGACGACCGGCUCAAAGUGAAGAAGCUGGCGAGGGAAUGGCAGCUGUUCGGCCACCACGCCGCCAAAGUGAUGCGGGAGGACCUGGGCGGAUACUUGAAAAAACUCGCCGACCUCGAGCGGAUGCAGGACGGACUCGUCAAAGAGAACCUGGACCUGAAGGAACUGUGCCUGGUGCUGGAGGAGGAGUGUGUCAGCAGGAGCGACUCCAGCCCCGGCGGGUCGACCGAGCUCAACCUGCCCUGCAUGGUGGCCCGGGACCUGGGCGACGGGAGCUCCAGCACCGGCAGCGUGGGAAGUCCGGACCAGCUUCACCUGGUGUGCUCACCUGACGACUGACGCCAGGGUAGAUGUAUGAAGACGAUAUGCAUGGCCUCGCCGGUGCAUAUGGUGAGGCAGAGGAAUACGGCAGAUGUUUUGGAAGAAACUAUAAACACUGAAAAGCUAGUUUAAAAGGCAUUUUUCACUAGCUACCUACCCCCUUAGGACUGAAAUAAGGCUGUUCAUGUUUCUCUGGGUCCAUGGUCCAAGGAAAAGGUCCUUCACUUGCAAAAGACUGAUUGACUGACUUUAUUUCCAGGGGCUAAAUGUAAGAGACACCCAGUAAGGCAUUUGCUUAAUGACAAUUUGACUAAUGACAAUGCUUAGAUUUUAGAUGGUUUUUCUAAGAGUCCUUCCGUUUUGUGAAAUUAUCCUUUUUCAGUCGCUUAUUGUUGGAAGAAGAGAAUUGAAAAAGGUUUGCGUAUUUUUAUCUCAUGCACUGGAAUAGCCUACACUGGGAGUGGACUUUUUAUAAUUGCACUGGGCCCACACUAUGGUGGAUCUAAAGUGGAUCUAAAGAUUCAUUUCAAUCCAAUUUUGAGCCAUAUUAGUCUACUGAAUUCCAAUAGCACUGAAAUAGAAGAGUUGUGAUAGAAAAAAAGACGUUUGCUUUUGUUAGAGACACAAUAACUAUGUAUUAUAGUUUAUGCAUUCUCUUCCUCAGGACAGGAUUGGAGUGUUAUAAGUGCAUGGUGAGUAUCACUAUUUGUGUAGGCCUAUAAACAGAACUGACUUUGAGGCCCUUCAGGUUUACUCUGGUUGGGGCUGGUGUGCAUAAAACCUGAAAGUCAUCAUACUAGCUCGGGUUUUCGGGAUCUGUGCCAUUAAUGUGUUCGGACCUCGCUCAGAACUGAACUGCACAUGACUUCUAUGAGACACUUUUGUAUCAAACUGGAAACACUUUGUAUGAAACUGGAAGGUCCACAAAUUUUACAUGAUGACCCGAGUACACGGGCCAGGCAGGCAAACUGCUGAAAUAACUUGUUUUGAGCCUUUUGUUAUGACAUUGUUGUUGUUGAUACUUCAAUUAGCAUAUCACAGCUAAUAUAUCCUUCUUUUUUUUAAGUUUGCAAUUUCAAGGAUUCUAAUAUGCUUUGUGUUAAUUCUGUAACAUAAGGGGUGAUCUCUUUUACUCUCCUUUAUAUUGAUUUACCAGUAUUAACUUGCAUUAUUAGAAAAUGCAAAUGUCAGUUUUACUCAUAGAUAAUGCACAUGGAUUGGAUUACGUUUGCUAUGUCAUUGGCUGUUAAUGAUGGGCUAUGCUCGUAGUGCAUUGCAGAGCUUUAAAUACAGUGGCUGAGACUUUG